AUGUUAGGGAGCUUAUUCAGUUGGAUCUCACUCCUUUUGGAGCCGGCCUUUCAAGUCCCGUUGAUUGAACCUCAACCUAGACUCAAGGCGGAAAAUAAUUUAGCCAUUCCUGUACAGGGUCCCUGGCAAGAUAUCAUCACUGGCCAUUAUGCGAUCCCUCCCAUAUUGAAAAUUCAUGACCGGAACAGUGUUGUCAAAUGGAGUUGGCAACGAGAAGAUGUCACUCAACCUCUGCCUCCUCUGAUUCGGAGUGGUUUAUAUAGUGGUUACAACGAUGCGACCGAGAUGAAGUGGAUGCGAGGCGGUAAAAGCGUCGCUGCCAUCUACAGUGCCCUUAUUGUCGUCAUCAACCAUACCCCCGAUCAGCCCGCUACCGAUAAGAGAAUCACCUUCGCCCUCAACAGAGCGAAUGAUGUCCUAAACAAUGCUCAUACUGUCGAGCCGUUGCCUGGUGAUCGCCUCGCGGUCGGAACCACCGGACAGCGACCUUGGGAUGGUAUUUUAGUCUACAACAUGAGCGAGGCUCUCCCCCUCGUCAAUGAACCUCCCGUACUGCAAAGGAUCGAAGGUCUCCGGGCGAUCCAUGCCCUGAUCUGGGAUGAGCAGGGUCAGAUGUUGUGGGCGACCGGUACCGAUGCCGCGGCCGAUGGUUCCGAUCCUGUUCCGGCCCACGGCGUCAUUCAAGGAUACCCCUUCGAUGCCGAGACGGGCCUACUCGGCAUAGAUGAAGCCUAUCGAUUCCGCUUCCCCGAAUAUUACGAUAUCGACGUGGAAUGGGGACACGGAUACAGCUGGUGGGCCGGGCCCCAUGAUCUCGUCCCCGUCCCCAAUGAACGAGUAUUCCUCGUCUCCAACGAUAUCGGUCUUCAUGCCUUUGAUAUCGAUAAAAUGAAUUUCACUACGGAAUACGACGAAGUCAUUGAGAAAUAUAUGCCUGGCUUCGAGGUCACCACCACCGAUCGUCAUGGGAUCACCCGCCAGGGAGAAUACGUGGAGUUGCCGCAAUCAGACCUCAAGGGGUUCAGUCUCGCCCCCGAUGGAAGUUUCCUAUACACCCAGUCUCUAUGGCGGCUAUACCGAGGGAACUAUACCAGUCUCGUGGUUGAUGGUGUGCGUCACCAGAUCAUGAAAGGGAAUGAAAUCUAUCGGUCGCGAUGGUUCGGAGACAUCGAUGGCUGGCCCAAACCAAAGACAUAG